UUCUCUCCAAAACUCAGACUCUCUCUCUUCUCAUUUUAAGGAGUCAAACAAAAAGAAACAUUUCUCACAAAGGCUGAAACACUCUUCACAACCCAACCAUGGCUUCCUCUUUUUUGGCACCCAACUCCAGCAGUUGGGUUGGAGUCCAAUUGACACACUCUUCUCCCCCUUCCUCAUCUUCAUCAUUAACGGACUUGGGCUUCUCAUCAAAGUCCACCAUCUCCGUCAAGAACAAGCCCAAUAGUACUAGUAGUACUACUCGCUGCGCUCUUCACUCUCCUUCUGUACUUCAUUUCCCCAAACAACCCUACAAUCAGCCGGUAAUUACGAAAGAGCCCAAGAAAACUCACCACCACCAACCCCCACAGUGGAACUUCCUACAGAGAGCCGCCGCCAUGGCACUCGACGCGGCCGAGACCGCGUUGAUCUCACGCGAGCGCCUACACCCUCUCCCUAAAACGGCCGAUCCACGUGUUCAAAUCUCUGGAAACUUCGCUCCCGUCCCCGAACAGCCCGUUCACCAUAACUUACCCGUGACUGGCACAAUCCCCGACUGCAUUAACGGCGUCUAUCUCCGAAACGGCGCCAACCCACUCUUCGAGCCGGUUGCCGGUCACCACUUCUUUGACGGCGACGGUAUGGUCCACGCCGUUAAAAUUAACGCCGGCUCGGCCAGCUAUGCUUGCCGGUUCACGGAAACCCAACGGCUGGUUCAGGAAAGAGAGCUUGGCCGGCCGGUUUUCCCCAAAGCGAUCGGCGAGCUCCACGGACAUUCCGGUAUUGCCCGUCUUCUCCUGUUCUACGCCCGAGGGCUUUUUGGUCUUCUCGACCACAGCCAGGGAACCGGCGUCGCCAACGCCGGUCUGGUCUACUUUAAUGGCCGCUUGCUAGCCAUGUCGGAGGACGACAUUCCGUACCAGGUACGGAUAACGGAUUCCGGCGACCUCGAAACAGUCGGCCGUUACGAUUUCAACGACCAGCUUAAAUCCACCAUGAUCGCUCACCCGAAGGUCGACCCUGUUUCCGGCGAGCUCUUUUCUCUGAGCUACGACGUCGUUUUGAAGCCGUACUUGAAGUACUUCAAAUUCUCUCCCAAUGGGGAUAAAUCUCCCGACGUGGAGAUUCCUCUUGAUGUUCCAACAAUGAUGCACGACUUCGCGAUUACCGAGAAUUUUGUCGUGAUUCCCGAUCAGCAAGUGGUGUUCAAGUUGGAGGAGAUGGUGAGAGGCGGUUCUCCGGUGAUUUACGAUUCCAAGAAGAAGUCACGGUUCGGGAUUUUGCCGAAGAAUUCGCAGAACGCUUCGGAUAUUCUGUGGGUCGAAUCGCCGGAUACUUUUUGCUUUCAUUUAUGGAAUGCUUGGGAGGAGCCAGAGACGGAGGAGGUGGUGGUGAUCGGGUCGUGCAUGACACCUGCCGACUCGAUCUUCAACGAAUGCGAUGAGAGCCUUAAGAGCGUUUUGUCGGAAAUUAGGCUUAAUUUGAGGACUGGAGAGUCCACGCGCCGCCCCAUUAUCUCGGAAGAAUCGGAGCAGGUGAAUUUGGAGGCCGGGAUGGUGAACCGAAACCGGCUCGGGCGGAAAACACGGUUCGCCUAUCUCGCCAUUGCCGAGCCGUGGCCGAAGGUCUCUGGCUUCGCGAAGGUCGAUCUUCGCACCGGAGAGGUAAGGAAGUACUUUUACGGCAACCGGAGAUAUGGCGGGGAGCCGUUCUUUCUCCCUAGGGAUCCGAAUUCGGAGAAGGAAGACGACGGUCACGUCAUGGCGUUCGUUCACGACGAGAGGACGGGGAAAUCGGAGAUGCAGAUUGUGAACGCUGUGGAUUUGGAGUUGGAGGCAUCCGUGAAGCUCCCUUCUAGGGUGCCGUACGGUUUUCAUGGAACUUUUGUGGACUCAAAGGACUUGGUUCACCAGGCAUGAAUAAUAUGAAUAUGAUAGUGGUUUUUUGGCACUGGUAAAAAAAAAAAAAAUAACAAUAAUAAAAGGAAAAGAAAAGGCAAAAGGAGAAUAUUUACAAGAGGGAUAUUACACUAGAACAGGUCCCCGGGUUCUCCUAGGAGAUUUUGAAAAACCCUAACAAUCAUUUUGUUUUUGUUAGGUUUUUUGUAUGAUCAUGAUUUUACUAUAAUGUACUGUACUAGAAGGGGGAGUUUUGAGAGGUCAGCUUGUAGCUUUUAGACAGUAGAUAGAGGUUAAGCUCAGCUGGUUUCUGUUUAUUCCCUCAGUGUUAAUUUUAUUCUUUUUACUCAUGUGCUAUACAUAUACACCACCUUGUCUCA